ACAUAUUCUUCAUAAUAACAAAAUUCUGUCUCUCGUAUACUUUCAAGGGAUUCUCUAUUUUCAAGAAUCUUGAAAACUUAACUAAAUAGUAAAUAUGAAGGUGAUUGCAGCCUAUUUGUUGGCACAAUUGGGUGGCAACACUAAUCCUUCUGCUGAUGAUUUGAGGAAAAUCUUGAAUUCUGUUGGAGCUGAAAUUGAUGAGUCUAAAAUCGAACUAUUAUUGUCACAAGUUAAAGGCAAAGAUAUUACUGAGUUGAUUGCUGCUGGCAAACAACAAUUGGCUUCUACUUCUAUGGCUUUUGGAUAUGGUGCUGCUUCUUCUGUUGUCAAUGGUGCUGAAAAUAAUGUUGCUCAAGUUGCUGUUGAAGAGAAAAAGGAGGAGGAAAAGAAAGAAGAGUCUGAUGAAGAAGAAGAUUUUAACUUUAGUCUCUUUGAUUAGAAUAGUUUAAUAUUGCUAUUGGUGGAACCAUCUUUCUUGUCUUAGAAUUAAGUUUAAGUUGCUGUUAUUUUAUGCCAGUAGUUUUGUUUUUAAUUCUUUUUAAGUGGGAAGUUUUGUUCU